AUGCACAGGGAUUCUGCUGACUCUAAAGAAUCCAAGACAACCUCCUGGUUCAAGAGAUUCAUAGGGCGUGAACAGAAACCCGAAGUAACCUGGCCGUUCCCUUUUGUGGAGGGAAGGUUGUUCAUCUUAACAUUGCGAGCGGGCGUUGAUGGCUACCACAUCAGUGUUGGGGGUCGCCAUGUGACUUCAUUUCCUUACCGCCCAGGAUUUACCCUUGGAGAUGCUACAGGGUUAGCAAUAAAAGGAGAAGUAGACAUUAAGUCAGUUUAUGCAACUUCGCUCCCCAAGUCUCAUCCGAGCUUCUCUCCUCAAAGGGUACUGGAAAUGUCAGAGAAGUGGAAAGCUCGUCCCAUCUCAAAGAGUCCUAUUUGGCUUUUUAUUGGGAUUUUGUCAGCCACAAACCACUUUGCAGAACGCAUGGCAGUUAGGAAAACAUGGAUGCAAUCAUCAUCGAUAAAGUCCUCUAAUGUGGCAGUUCGUUUUUUCGUGGCAUUGAAUCCAAGAAAAGAGGUGAAUGCUGUGCUGAAGAAGGAGGCUGAUUACUUUGGUGACAUUGUGAUUUUACCAUUUAUGGAUCGUUACGAGCUCGUAGUUCUUAAGACGAUUGCCAUCUGUGAGUUUGGGGUUAAAAAUGUUUCGACUGCAUACAUCAUGAAAUGCGACGAUGACACAUUUGUAAGGGUGGAGACAGUAUUGAAAGAAAUUGAUCAUGUCUCCCGAAAGAAGUCUCUCUAUAUGGGAAACCUGAAUCUGUUGCAUCGUCCUCUGAGAAAUGGAAAAUGGGCAGUCACUUUUGAGGAGUGGCCAGAAUCAGUAUAUCCACCUUAUGCAAAUGGUCCAGGAUAUGUAGUGUCUAGUGAUAUCGCCAACUUUAUCGUUUCUCAACACAACAAUCGGAGCCUCAGGCUAUUCAAGAUGGAAGAUGUGAGCAUGGGAAUGUGGGUUGAGCAAUUCAACAGCACGACACCCGUCCAGUACUCCCACAGCUGGAAGUUCUGUCAAUAUGGAUGCAUGGAAGAUUACUACACAGCACAUUACCAGUCGCCGAGGCAGAUGAUUUGCCUGUGGGAUAAGUUGUCGAGAGGACAAGCUCAUUGCUGCAACUUCAGAUGACAGUAUCUGAACCGAAUUAACCAAAACGGGUUGGUAGCAUUCAUAGAUUGUUCUGGCAGUGGAAUCCUUGUGGCAAAAGGGAGGAGAGUUACUUGCAUUGUAGGAAGAAGCCAGGCUAAGUAGUGUAGAAAUAUAUAUAUGAAGGUAGUCGUU